GGGGGCGGCGGUGACGGCGGGGCUGCCCGGCCGUGCGCUCUGCAGCGCGCCCCGGGCCUGGAUGCUGCCGCGCGGCCGGCUGCGGGAGCGGGGCCGCGACGCUAACGCUCCCCGAUGGCCGACGGAGCAGCUGAGCUGGAUAACAUGGAGAUCCAGUCGCAGAACAACAACACCCGCUGGGAGAACACGGACAACCAGGUCUGGGAGGACACCGCGGCCACCGCCAAGCUGUUUGAGUGUUCCCGCAUCAAAGCACUCGCCGAUGAGCGCGAGGCCGUGCAGAAGAAAACCUUCACCAAGUGGGUGAACUCGCACCUGGCCCGGGUGUCCUGCCGCAUCAGCGACCUCUACGCCGACCUCCGCGACGGCUACAUGCUGACCAAGCUGCUGGAGGUGCUGUCCGGGGAGCAGCUGCCCAAGCCGACGCGCGGACGCAUGCGGAUCCACUCACUGGAGAACGUGGACAAGGCCCUGCAGUUCCUGAAGGAGCAGCGCGUGCACCUGGAGAACGUCGGCUCGCACGACAUCGUGGACGGGAACCACCGCCUGACGCUGGGGCUCGUCUGGACCAUCAUCCUGCGGUUCCAGAUCCAGGUGAUUAAAAUCGAGACGGAAGACAACAGGGAGACCCGCUCGGCCAAGGACGCACUGCUGCUCUGGUGCCAGAUGAAGACGGCAGGGUACCCGGAAGUGAAUAUCCAGAACUUCACCACCAGCUGGAGGGACGGGCUGGCCUUCAACGCCCUGAUCCACCGGCACAGGCCGGAGAUCGUCGACUUCAGCAAACUCACCAAAUCCAACGCUACUUACAACCUGCAGCAGGCCUUCAACGUGGCCGAGCAGCAGCUGGGCCUGACCAAGCUGCUGGACCCGGAAGAUGUGAACAUGGAGAACCCGGACGAGAAGUCCAUCAUCACCUACGUGGUCUCUUUCUACCACUACUUCUCCAAAAUGAAGGCCCUCGCAGUGGAGGGGAAGAGGAUUGGGAAGGUGCUGGACCAGGCGGUGGAGCUCGAGGCGCUCAUGGAGCGGUACGAGCGGCUGGCGGCCGAGCUGCUGGCCUGGAUCGAGCGCACUGUCGCCAUCAUCAGCAACCAGAAGUUCGCCAACUCCCUGGCCGGGGUGCAGCACCAGCUCCAGACCUUCACCACCUUCUGCACCCUGGAGAAGCCGGUCAAGUUCCAGGAGAAGGGGAACCUGGAGGUCCUGCUCUUCAGCAUCCAGAGCAAACUGCGUGGCCACAGCCGCAAACUGUACGUGCCCGGCGAGGGCCGCGGCAUCUCGGACAUCAACAAGGCCUGGGCCCAGCUGGAGAAGGUGGAGCACGAGCGGGAGGUGUCGCUGCGCAACGAGCUCAUCCGGCAGGAGAAGCUGGAGCUGCUGGCCCAGCGCUUCGACCACAAGGCCGGCAUGCGGGAGGCCUGGCUCGGCGAGAACCAGCGGCUGGUGGCGCAGGACAACUUUGGCUACGACCUGCCGGCGGUGGAGGCGGCCAUGAAGAAGCACGAGGCCAUUGAGGCGGACGUCUCGUCCUAUGAGGAGCGCAUCCAGGUGGUGGCGGAGCUGGCGCUGGCCCUGGAGGCCGAGGGCUACUACGACGUGCGGCGCAUCAGCGCCCAGAAGGGCAGCAUCCUGCGCCAGUGGGGGCUGCUGACCGAGCUGGUGGAGGCCCGGCGGGCCCGUCUGGAGCAGAGCCUGGCUCUGCAGACCAUCUUCCAGGACAUGGUUUCCAUGAUCGGCUGGAUGGAGGAGAUGCAGGCCCCGCUGCGGUCGAGGGAGGUGGGGAAGCACCUGCUGGAGGUGGAGGACCUGCUGCAGAAGCACACCCUGCUGGAGGCCGACGUGGCGGCCCAGAGCGAGCGGGUGCAGGCGCUCAACCAGGCCGCCCUGAAGUUCUGCGAGCUGGAGGGUUACCAGCCCUGCGACCCCCAGAUCAUCCGUAACCGCGUGACCCACGUGCAGACGUGCCUGGAGGAGCUGCGCCAGCAGGCGGCCCAGCGGCGCACGGAGCUGGAGGCCUCCCGCCAGCUGUGGGCCUUCUUCCAGGAGCUGGAGGAGGCGGAGGCCUGGGUGCGGGAGAAGGAGCAGAUCCUGGCCUCCAAGCCGUGCGGCCGGGACCUGAGCAGCGUCCUGCAGCUGAGCGGGCAGCACAAGCUGAUGCUGGGGGAGCUGGGUGGGCGCCGGGCCCUGCUGCACCAGGCCGUGAAGAAGGGGGAGCAGCUGCUGGCCACCCAGCGCCCCGGCACGGCCCAGCUGGAGGAGAAGCUGCGGGAAGUGCGGCAGUGCUGGAAGAAGCUGGAGGAGGUGACGGGGAUGCACCAGCAGAAGCUGCAGGAGGGCUUGAGCUUCUACCAGUUCAGCGCGGAGACGGACGACCUGCUGGCCUGGCUGCAGGACACCUACCGCCUGGCCUCCAGCGACGACUUCGGGCACGACGAGUACUCCAGCCAGGCGCUGCUCCGCAAGCAGGCGGCCGUGGCCCAGGAGCUGGAGCAGCACCGGGCGCCCGUUCUGGCCCUGCGCGCCCAGCUGGCCCGCCUGGCCCCCCAGCACCACCAGGUGCUGGACGUGCAGAUCCGCAUCGUGGAGGUGGAGCAGCUCUACGGGGAGGUGGCCGAGGUGGCCGUGCUGCGGCACCAGUGGCUGCAGGACGCCCUGGCCGUGUACCGCAUGUUCGGCGAGGUCCGGGCCUGCGAGGGCUGGCUGGACGAGAAGGAGCAGUGGCUCUCCGGGAUGCAAGCGCCCCAGGAGCUGGAGGACGUGGAAGUGGUGAAGCACAGGUUUGAGAGCCUGGACCAGGAGAUGAGCAGCGUGAUGGGGCGCAUCCUGGACGUGAACGAGACGGUGCACCAGCUGGUGGAGGGCGGCCACCCCAGCGCGUCCGAGGUGCAGUCCUGUCGGGACCACCUGAACAGCAGGUGGAACCGGGUGGUGGAGCUGGUGGAGCAGAGGAAGGACCAUCUCAGCUCCGUCCUGAGGAUCCAGAACUACCUGCUGGAGUGCACCGAGAUCAAGGCGCAGAUCCGGGAGAAGCGCCGCGCCGUAGAGGCCAGCCAGUGCAGCACCGGCGACCUGGGUGGCGUCCUGGCCUUGCAGCGCAAGCUCUCCACCAUGGAGGCUGCCCUGGUGGUGCUGGAACCCAAGCUCCUGGAGCUGCAGCAGGAGGGGGAAGCCUUGGCCACCUCCCACCCGGCCCAUGCGCUGGCCGUCCUGCUGCACUUCGAGGAGAUCAGCGAGGAGUGGGAGGCCUUGAAGAGCACCCUGCAGGGCUGCGAGGACUCGCUCUCCGUGGCCAGCCGGCUGCAGCAGUUCAUCCAGGACCUGGACAACUUCCUGACCUGGCUGGUGAAGACUCAGGCAGCCGUGGCCUCGGAGGAACUUCCCAGCAACCUGGCGGGGGCGGAGCGGCUGCUGAGCCAGCACGUGGCCCUCAAGGAGGAGAUCGACCGCUACGAGGAGGACUACACCACGAUCCAGGAGGCCAGCGACCUGCUGGCCCUGGAAGAGGCCGACGUCCCCUUCCUCUCGCUCCAGCAGUGGCUGCAGAAGCUGGACGUGGGCUGGAACAAGCUGCUGCAGAUGUGGGAGAGCCGGCGGGGGGCGCUGGUCCAGGCCCACGUCUUCCACCUGUUCCUGAGGGACGUGCAGCAGGCCGAGGCGUGUCUGUACAGCCAGGAGUCCACCCUGGCCCACGCGGAGCUCCCCACCACGGUGGAGGCGGUGGAGAAGGCCAUCAAGAAGCACAAGGAUUUCGUAACCACCAUGGAGCUGAGCAUGCCGAAGACGACACUGGCCCUGCAGGCCGGGGAGAGCCUGGUGCGCCAGGGCAGCCCCUACAGCGAGCGCGCCCAGGAGGAGAUGGCAGAGCUCAGAGCCAAGAGCCACCGGAACUUCCAGCUGGCCCAGGAGCGGAUGCAGCAGCUGAAUGAUCACUUGGGUCUGCAGCGUUUCUUGCAGAACUGUCACGAGCUGGCCGGCUGGAUGAAGGAGAAGCGGCCCAUGGCCGGGGACCAGGCGGCCAAGCCCCACCGGCGCUGGCUGCGGCACCGGGCGCUCCUGGCCGAGCUGGCGCAGAACCGCGAGUGGCUGCAGCAGAUCGAGCAGGAAGGCCGGCAGCUCAUCGAGGAGAAGCCGGAGCUGGCCGGCUCGGUGCGGAAGCAGCUGGAGGAGAUCCGGCAGUGCUGGGCAGAGCUCGAGAGCACGUCGCAGGCCAGGGCCCAGCAGCUCUUCGAGGCCAGCAAGGCGGAGCAGCUGGUGCAGAGCUACGCGGACCUGGACAAGAGGCUGGUGAACAUGGAGGGGCAGCUGCAGGCUGUGGAUGCUGGUGCCAGCCUGGCCACCGUCAACAACCAGCUGAAGAAACUCCAGACGAUGGAGUCGCAGAUGGAGGAGUGGUACAAAGAGGCCGGGCAGCUCCAGGCGCAGCUGGCCUCCCUGCCCCUGGAGCCGGCCAGCAAGGAGGCGGUGGACGAGAAGCAGAACGCAGUGGGGACACGGAUUGUCCGCCUCAUCGAGCCCCUGAAAGAGAGGAGGAGGAUCCUGCUGGCUUCCAAGGAGGUGCAUCAGGUCUGCCGUGACCUGGAGGACGAGAUCAGCUGGGUCCAGGACCGGCUGCCACUCGCCACCUUGAGAGAUCCCGGGAGCAGUCUCCAGGCUGUGCAGCAGUUCAUCAAGAAGAACCAGAACCUGCGGCGGGAGCUGCAGACGCACCAGCCCCGGGUGGACGAGGUGCUGGCCCGGGCGGGCGCCCUCGCCUCCCUCAGGAGCCCCGAGGUGGACGGGGUGCGGCGGCUGCUGGAGAGGCUGCGGGAGCUGUGGGGGGCGCUGCGGGAGCAGACCGAGCAGCGCCAGCACCUGCUGGACGCCAGCUACCAGGCGGAGCAGUACCACUUCGACGCCGGCCAGGUGGAGGCCUGGCUCAGCGAGCAGGAGCUGCUGCUCAUGAAUGAGGAGAAGGGCAAGGACGAGCAGAGCACCCUGCAGCUGCUGAAGAAGCACCUGCUGCUGGAGCAGACGAUUGAGAACUACGAGGAGACCAUGGCCCAGCUGUCCCGCCAGUGCCGCGCCCUGCUGGAGCUGGGCCACCCCGACAGCGAACAGAUAAGUAGGCGGCAGUCUCGGGCUGACCGGCUCUACGUGUCUCUGAAGGGCCUGGCGGAGGAGCGCAAGGCCAGGCUGGAGCAGCAGUACUGGCUCUGCCAGCUCGGCCGCGAGGUGGACGACCUGGAGCACUGGAUCGCCGAGAAGGAGGUGGUGGCCGGGUCACCGGAGCUGGGCCAGGACUUCGAGCACGUCACGCUGCUGCAGGAGAAGUUCACGGAGUUCGCCAGCGAGACGGGCAGCGUGGGGAACGAGCGGCUCUCGGCCGUGAACCAGAUGGUGGACGAGCUGAUCGACUACGGGCACGCGGACGCGGCCACCAUCGCGGAGUGGAAGGACGGGCUGAACGAGGCCUGGGCCGACCUGCUGGAGCUGAUGGAGACGCGGGCCCAGAUGCUGGCCGCCUCCCACGAGCUGCACAAGUUCUUCAGCCGCUCCAAGGACCUGCUGGCCCAGAUCGAGGAGAAGCAGCAGCGGCUGCCGGAGGUGGCGGCCCGCGAGUCCCGCAGCUCCGCCGGGGCCCUGCAGGGGGUGCUCAGCGCCUUCGAGCACGACGUGCAGGUGCUGGUGAGCCAGGUGCGGCAGCUGCAGGAGGGGGCGGCCCAGCUGCGGACGGUGUACGCCGGGGAGAACGCUGAUGCCAUCGUCACCAAGGAGCAGGAUGUGAUGCGGGCGUGGAAGGAGCUGCUGAGCUCAUGCGAGGCGUGCCGGCUGCAGAUCACCACCACCACGGAGAAGAUGCGCUUCACCAGCAUGGUGCGCGACCUCAUCUCCUGGAUGGAAGGCAUCAUCUGCCAGAUCAGCACCAGCGAGAAGCCCAGGGAUGUGUCCUCGGUGGAGGUGCUGAUGAACUAUCACCAGGGUCUGAAGAGCGAGAUCGACGCCCGGAGCCAGAGCAUCGCGGCCUGCGUGGAGCUGGGCAAGACCCUGGUGCUCAACAGAAGCCCCGCAGCCGAGGAGAUCAAGGGCCAGCUGGAGAAGCUGCUGGCCAAGAAGGAGGAGCUGACUGAGAAGUGGGACAAGCACUGGGAGUGGCUGCAGCAGAUGCUGGAAGUGCACCAGUUUGCGCAGGAGGCCGUGGUGGCCGACGCCUGGCUCACGGCCCAGGAGCCCCUGCUGAAGAGCCACGACCUGGGCAGCAGCGUGGACGAGGUGGAGCAGCUGAUCCGGCGCCACGAGGCCUUUCGCAAGGCGGCCUCCUCCUGGGAGGAGAGAUUCAGCUCCCUGCGGCGCCUCACCACGCUAGAGAAGCUGAAGGCCGAGCAGAGCAAGCAGCCGGCCACGCCACUCCUGGGCCGCAAGUUCUUGGGGGAGCCCAGCGAGCCGGGCCCCAAGGGCCCCCCGCUGCUGCGCCAGGCCGAGGCAAAGCUGGAGCGUCAGGACCUGCUGCGGGGCCGGCCCCAGGCUCCGGCCCUGCCCAGCGGGGCCCCGGGCGAGCCCGCCGAGGCGCUGGAGCUCAAGGUGGCCUACGUGCGGCAGGAGAUGAAGCCGGAGCGGCUGCAGCCCCGGCUCGACCGCGUGCAGGAGGGUCUGGCCACCAGCGCCGAGAGGCUGAGGGAGGCCAAGGCGGCCGCUGAGGAGAGGCUGGAGGCCAAGCCGAGCCAGCACCUGCAAGUGCCCGUGGCGGGCGCAGUGCUGGCAGAGCCGGGCCAGGUCAGCCGGGCUGAGAUGCAGCCGGAGCCCAGCGAGCAGGAGACGCCCCGGCACGAGCAGCCGGAGAGGCGCCGGGAGCGCCGGGAGCGCCGGCUGGAGCGGCAGGAGUCCAGCGAGCAGGAGACGCCCCGGCACGAGCCCAAAGGGGGCGGCAAAACCACCCUGGCGGACAUUGUGGAGCAGCUGCAGGAGAAGGAGUCGACUGCCCAGGUGCCAGCCCCGCCCCACGACUCCCCCACCCACCUGCCCAACAGCCUCGACCUGCUGCCCGAGAGGACGCCACGCCCGGACCGGCCGCGGGCCCGCGACAGGCCCAAGCCCAGGAGGAGGCCGCGGCCCAGGGACCCCAGCCAGCCCCCGGGGGAGAGCCGCAGGUCCCGCUCGGCACCGGCCCAGAGCAGCGCCCCGCCCCCCCCGCCCCCCACCCACACCGUCCAUCUGGAAGGCUUCCUCUUCCGCAAGCACGAGCUGGAGGGGCCCAACAAGAAGGCCUCCAACAGGUCCUGGGUAAACCUUUACUGUGUCCUGAGCAGAGGGGACCUGGGCUUCUAUAAGGACGCCAAGGGGCAGGCGUCGGGCAGCACCCACGGCGGGGAGCCGCCGGUCAUCCUGCACCAGGCCACCAGCCAGGUGGCCAGCGACUACAAGAAGAAGAAGAACGUCUUCAAGCUCAAGACUGGCGAUGGGAACGAGUUCCUGCUGCAGGCCAAGGACGAGGAGGAGAUGAAGAACUGGCUCCAGGCGCUGGCUGCGUCCACAGAGGAGCACGCCGAGAUCGCCCGCUGGAGCCAGGCGCUGCUCACCACCUCCUCCACCGACGAGGGCAACCCCCGGCGGGAGAGCGACCGGCGGGCCAGCACGUCCGGCAGGAAGAAGUGAGGCGGCCCGGGGCAGCGUGCGGGGGGCUGAGAGCGGACCCCCACCGCCCCACGGGCUGCAGCGUUGUCCCUCCACGUCACGCACCGAGCCAGCCCCCUCCUGCGCACAUCCCGGACAGCCCCUGGACCUGGGGGCCCCCCGCACGCCCCGCUGCAGGAAACCGCGCCCGAGCAGGGCCCCCGGGGAGAGGGGUGCCCUGAAACACACCCGUGAAGGGGUGCGAGGAUGCGGGCAGCCCUGCCCGGGCGCUGGAGGGACGCUGGCACUAUGUUCGCCGUUCGGUGCCUGGAGGAGUCCAGCUCGUGGCAGCAGGAGCCGCCGGCCGGCCCGGCUCCUCACCACGGGACGAUAUAUGCAAAGCCGGCACCGGGCGGGGAAAUCCACGGGACUCAGAGACUCUGUGCAGUGGGGAAGGGCCUCGGUGGUCGUUAGGCCUGGCCCAAUUCAUUUCCUCCCCUUGGGGGCAUACAGGAGCCUCCCCCCCCGCACCCCAAGUCAUCGUCCCUCUCCCUGCGUGGUGCAGGGGCUGGCGCGGGGCGGGCAGUUCUGUUCCCUCCCAAGGCUGGGAAGCCGCUUGGCGUCUCCGGGGCAGGGGAGGGGACGGGACGCUUUUCAGGUAGACGCUCCCAGGGGGUUUAAGCAUUUUGGGUAAUUCACAUAAGGGAACUGGGCACCUGUCUCUCGCUGAGCCCGCUAUGAACGUGGGCCCGUCGCACGGGGGGCGGGUUCUGAGCACAGGCAGCGCUGGGUUUCCACGGCUCUCGGGUGAGGGAAGGGGGCAGGGCUGGGGUCGGCCUUCGGGUCCAUAUAAUGGUGUGCUGGCCCCUUAAGGCCCAGCAUAGGCCCCUACGGCCCUCAGCCCAGGUUGGCACAGCCGGGGAUCGUGGGGACAGGGCCUGGGUUCGAGGUAUGGGUCCUUCCCAGCGUUCCUGGCUGUCCCAGCCUGUGUCAGGACCGGCGCGCCCUGCCCCGCUCUGGCCCAUCGCUGGCCAGGAUGGGUUCAGACAGCCCAAUUCUCUGCCCCCCCGCUCGUCCAGAGCAGCCUGCGCGAGGUGGGGGGCGCCGGCCGGGGGUCCACGCGGCUUUCCGUUCUGCCACCACCUCUCCUCCAUCUGACUGGCAGUGCCCACGGCUCCGGGUGGGGCAGGCGUUUGGAGAGGGAGUCCUGCCUCCCUGGCCUGGUCUGUCUCCCUGCAGCCCUGCACUUGGCAUCUCGUCCUCUGGGGGAGCAGGCUCUCCUGACGCCCGCCUGGCACACCGGCCAGCGCAGCCACAGAGCCCCAGGCCCUGACGCCCCCCGAGGUAUCUGAGACUCGCCCCGCACUGAGCCCCUGGUUCCAUCUCCCACUUGUGCAUGCCCUUGCACGCCAGCUCUUGUGAACACACGUCCAUGCACGCUCACGUUUCAGCAUCCCGGGCCUGCCCUGCCGUGUGGGUCAGCACAGCAUCGGCAGUGCUUGGCCGGAUCCCCCAUCUCCUCCUGCAGAGCCAGGGGCCCGAGGUUUCCUGCCAGCUUUGGACAGGUCCUGCGGUUUCGUUGCCAUCCUGGGAAGUCGGAUGCGCGACUGGUCCGUCCCCGCGGCAGGGGCAGGGAGAUCUCGGCCCCGGCGCUGCUCCCCUGGCCCUGUCCCGCCAGCCCGCAGGCGGAGCCGCAUAGGGCCAGGUCUCUCGCAAACGGAGCUAGGCCCUGCUGCCAGCCUGGGCGCGGCGCUCGCCCCGCGGGCGGGGAUGGCGGCUGGAGCAUUUGCUCCGGACAGGGCACAGCGAGGGGUGGAGCUGCGGGGCCUGGGGGGCUCUGUACCCCCAGGGGCUGUUCAGCCCUCUGCCCCCUCGCCCACCCUGCAUAGGCCGUGUUUGGGCCCCUGCCGAGCAAGGCUCCAGGCCCCUGGGCGCCAUCUCCCCCGGCUCGCCCACCCCCAGUGUGCAGGGACGCGCUGCCCUGGCGCAGGGGGAAGGUCUCAUGGUGGAGCAGCCCCAGAGGAGCUGUUCCUUUGUCGCAUCCUCCGUGGUCCCUCUUCACGUCCCCCCAACCAGGUGCCCUUGCCCGGUGCCUUCAGGCCCCAGGAGAUCCGGCUCGGGGGGCAUCAGGGGGAAUCCCGUCCCCUGGGGAGAUCAGGACCGGCCCUUGCUUUGGCCCAGGCGAGAGUUCAGAGGUCCCGGCUGCUGUGGGCUGGGCUCCGGUGCCAUUAACAAGCCAUAGUACUGGCUCUGCACGUGUGUGACCGGCCUGGCCCCCCGCCGGGCAUCGGGGUCCAGCGGGAAGAGCCGGGGGGGGGCUCUUCCAAGGUCGCACGAGGGGCACGUCUUUAUGCAAUAAACGGGCAGGCGGCCUAGUGUUGGGGGAGGCUCCGGGGCAGGGGGCAGCUGGUUCUUGGCCAAAACACCCCUGCCUGACCCGAUCCUGCCCUGCCGCAGUCACUCGCAGCAGUGCAGAGCCGGGCUGGGGACCUGGCAGUGACUGUCAGGGGAUCGGGCCCCUGGGCCGAUUGCUUCGGGAAUCCAGCUGCUGGCUGGGGCUCAGGACCCAGGGCCCUGGAAAGCAAAGCCCCAGGAAGCGUCAAGCCCAGAGUGGAUCCAAGGAGCUGCCCCUGCAGGUCGCUGUGCUGGGACUAGACUCCCCCCCACACCCACACCCCGAGCCCAGACGGACACCGAAGAGACGCCCCAUUGGGAAUGGCCCAAGCUGUAGCUGGGUUCCCGGCCUUUCGAAGGGAGCCUGGGGCCGGGGCCAACGUGGGGGGCAGGGGGCGAAAGAGAGACGUGAAGUGGGCGACCAUCUCGGGGGCUGGUUCUUCGGGCGGACAUGAGCCGGAGUCACGCUUGGAUCCGGGGGUCCAGUUCUCCAGCGCCCCGUGCUGCCGUUCAGGACCAUUGCCCGCUAACGGCCCUCAAGGGGCAGCGUGCCGGGGCUCCCGGCUCCCAGAGCGUCCCCAAGCCUGCCGGUGCAGCGCCCAGCCACCCUCCAACCCACCCUCGGUUUUGUGUCACCCCCCAGCCCCGUUUUAUACCCACCCGCAGCCAGCCCGAGAUCGCACCGGGCCACAGCCAGCCCCCGCCUCCUUGCAACAACAUGGGAGAGAGUCAAGACGAAGCCGCUUCCCUGGCCGGAGCAUGCAGCCCCAGCCUCCCCUUGCGGCUCCGGGGGCCGGGGCCAGGGUGUAACUGCUCUAAACCAUGUUUUUCCUCCUGUAUAAAGAAAACCUUCCCGAGAA